CCACACCCUUCCUUGGCUUGGCUCCACUCCACUUCCCCCCAGUAAUGAAUCUAUGGGUGGUUUCCUGGCUUUUCCCAUUCUGAAAUGCCAAAAUGCCUCUCCUACAGCUCUAAGUUACAGCAUGUUUGGGGGUGUACUUCUGGCUUGUGCAUGACCAAAAUAUAGCCCCUGAUAGCAUCUGUGAAACUGAGCUUGAACAUCUAAAUGGGUGGCUAGUCACAUCAUUCAACUGUAGUCCUAUGCAUCAUACCAAUUUUGUAGUUUGGAUACAUCAACAGUAUGUACACCCAUUCUGGUUUCUCAAAAGUCUUCUACAUAUUCUACUGUUUUGGCUUAUCAUCAUCAUUCUUUUUUGUAUGGCAACAAUUCUGUUUCUAAACUGGCAGUUGUGGUUGUUUUUUUCCCCAUUUACACCUUCCUAACAUGGCUGGUCCGUUUCUGAAAAGGAUGACAUGGCAACUUCUAGCUUACCAGAAGACCACAUCCGCUGACCAGGAAGCCCCAAAAUAAAUGCUUCUGUUCAAUAAAGAACCUGCCUUCCACAUAUGCGCAGAAGCUCUCUUCAUGAUCAACCCAAGCUCUCUGAGCUGCAUAUGGUGUGACAGCACUGCCACUCAGAAUAUUUUCCAGGUCGGAGUCUUUUCUCAUAUUUUUAAGCUCUGCUAACCAUGCUAGAUGAGAUCACCUGUCACAGCAGGACGGUGAUAUAAGGCACACAACUGCCUUGCAAAUCUAACCGGGCUACUGCGACGAAGCUUCAUAUUACUCCAAAGGAAUGGAAGAUCACAAUGGUAGGGCCAUAUACAGUACCGCAUGUGAUGCAAGAGUCCUAAGAAACCGCCAUGCUCUAUUGACUGACAUUUGGGAGCGAGUUGGUUGUGGCCGACCAAGCACAAAGUCAGCAACUGCUAUUAUUGAAAUUUAUACAACCACAACAGCCCUCUCGACUUUUAUCCCCGCCCGCCCGAGACACUAUAAGCAACCCGUAAAACCGUGAUCCCGAAGCUUUUAUAUCUCGAGACGAGCCCUUUCCCGGCUGCCUCUGCGGCGAAACAGACGCAAACCUUCUCACCCUCGCGGCUCUUGUUUGACGGGCCCGUCCGUCCCUCUCACCUUAUGAUAUUAUCCGCAUAGGAAUGCCUUUCAGAUUACUGCAGUGAUGCUUCUCCAGUGCGCAAGAGAUUUAUCAAAGACUGCAUGCCUCAAUCUUAAACAUUCCCAAGUAUGUCAGUGUUUGAGAAUCAAUAUAAAGAGGAUGAGCACUUGUUCUGCUCCUCACAGCCAAAGGAGAGUGGUUGUCACAGGCAUAGGAUUAGUCUCUCCCCUUGGUGUUGGAACCCAGCAGGUGUGGAACAACCUCCUGCAAGGAAAUUGUGGAGUCGUUGCCCUUGAAGGGGAGGAAUAUUCUGCUGUUCCAUGUAAAGUGGCUGCCUGUGUAAAAAAGGGAGUUGGAGAAGGCCACUUCCAUGGCGAAAACUUUGUGUCAAAAGCAGAGAGCAAAGCCAUGUCUUCUGCCACCAUCAUGGCCAUUGGAGCUGCUGAUUUAGCAUUAAAAGACUCUGGCUGGUAUCCACAAUCUCAUCUGGACUGUUUAAAAGCUGGUGUGGCAAUAGGCAUGGGAAUGGUUCCACUGGAAGAUAUUUCUGACACAGCCUUGAUAUUCAAAACGAAGGGUUACAACAAAGUCAGUCCAUUCUUUGUUCCAAAAAUCUUGGUCAAUAUGGCAGCUGGCCAUAUUAGUAUCAAAUACCAACUGAAAGGACCUAAUCAUGCUGUAUCGACUGCAUGUACUACAGGAGCACAUGCUAUUGGAGACUCCUUUCGAUUUAUAACCUAUGGUGAUGCAGAUGUGAUGCUGGCUGGAGGAACAGAAGCUUGCAUUAGCCCCUUGUCCCUAGCUGGGUUUGCUAGAGCACGGGCUUUGAGUACAAGCUUUAACUCAAGCCCAAAACUGGCUUGCCGUCCAUUCCAUUCACUUCGAGAAGGAUUUGUCAUGGGAGAAGGUGCUGCAGUCUUGGUGUUGGAAGAAUAUGAGUAUGCUGUCCAGAGAGGAGCUAAACUUUAUGCAGAAAUUUUAGGAUAUGGACUCUCAGGUGAUGCUUGUCACAUAACAGCACCUGAUCCACAGGGAGAUGGUGCCUUCAGAUGCAUGUCUGCAGCAAUCAGGAAUUCUGGAAUUUGUCCUGAAGAUGUAACAUAUAUUAACGCUCAUGCCACCUCCACUCCUCUAGGAGAUGCCGCGGAGAAUGAAGCUAUUAAAAGACUGUUUAAAGAACAUGCAUAUUCUCUUGCCAUUUCUUCAACAAAGGGAGCAACAGGUCAUCUCUUGGGUGCUGCAGGAGCUAUUGAGGCAGCUUUUACUGCUUUGGCUUGCUACCAUGGAAUGCUACCACCUACUCUAAAUCUGGAUCAGGCAGAGCCACCAUUUGACCUCAACUAUGUUCCCCUAGUAUCACAAGAAUGGAGAACUGAAAAACGCCGUAUUGCUCUCAGUAACUCUUUUGGCUUUGGUGGAACUAAUGCAACACUGUGUUUUGCUAAUAUUUAGUUUCACAACCUAUAUGCAAAUACUCUAAGAUGACCUGUUAAUGAACAGAACAACGUAUAUCAGUGCAGUCUUGUAUCUAUUUUUAAUUCAUUCACAUGAGAGUUCCUGAUUUUUGCAAGUGGGUUACAAAAGUGGUGGGCAUGUUGUAGUUUCUGAUUUAUUCAAGAUGCUGAAUAUCCAGAUGCACUGGCUUAAUGUUUUACUCUGCAGACCCAUUUGCCUAUGAACACAUUGAGUCUGACCUACAGAACUAACCUUUAGUAUAACAGAACGUUUUGUAUACUUUUUUUGGUACUCUACAUUAGGCAAACCUACAUCUGUGUUUCUUAAAGUAGCACAGUUGUUAUGCCAAUUGCCCAAGCAAGCUUAGCUGAAGAAGUACAUGCAUUCUUCUCUUUCAGAAUGACUGCCUAGCAGGUGCAGCCAUUUCUUCUUGCUGUUCUCUUCUCGCAUCCAUAGGUAUUGUGAAUUGGGUUCAGCUAAAGAGGGAUAGACACCUAUAAUUCUUGACUUCCUUCUUGCUCUGUUCUGGCUUUUGGCUCCUUCCAGCAUGGUUGCCCUCAAAACCGUGGAUGCAGUCUGUGCUUGCUUCUCAAAACAAGCAAAGGCUUCUGAGCAACUGAAAUUGUGCUUUUACUUUCAAAGUAUCAUUGUCUAGCCCAUUCCCAGCCUAUGUAAUUCAACAGAUUGUUGCAUGAAAUGUAUUCACCACUCUAAUGUUGACAGCAAUGGUAAAACAACAAUAAAGGUAUUGUUUAAAAUUUGAGCUGCAAACUGCUGUAGCAGGAGCAUGUGUUAGUAGAAUGGCUAAUAAUUUAUUUUGGCCAUUUUGAGUUAGUGUGCCUCAACUACAACUGAUGUUUACCUUAAAGCUGUGUUAAAAGAAGUAAAGGUAAAUCAUAUGCAUUUGCAGAAAACCCACCCUCAUUUAAAGAAGCAUAAAUAUUCCAUGAAACUUAUAAUUAAAAUUUUCAAUUGAAAGAUAUCCACUGAUCCCAUAUUUCCUCUUCUCCAAUAGUUUAUCAAAUGUUUGUGGCAGUCCAAUGAAAAUUUUAGUGUUUCCAGUCAAAUAAUGUAUCUGUGAUUAAACAGUAGCUCAGCUUUUGUAAUAAUGUGUUGUUGUCUGGAAUCAAAACCCUCAACCGUUCUUUCUAUUGACUAAAAGGCAUGAAAGUGUGGGAAGUGGAUUUUAAAUGCUCAUACAAACAGCUGCUUCCUGAGUCAGGAGGGUUCUUGUCAGAACAGUGUCAUUAUAUAUUGUGAUCAUUAGGUAGCACUGUACUUACUUGUAUCCAUGUGGAGCCACAAGUUUACUGUUGUUCUGCCUGUAAGAGAGACAAUAAAGUUCUCAUCAAGUUUCCAGA